UGCAGCGCCCGGACGGCUUCGCGGCGGCGGCGGAGCCGUGGCCCGGCUCGGCCCGGGAUGGCGACCCGGACGGUACUGCCGGUCCUGGCUGCGCUGCUGGUCUCGGCGGCUCCGGAGCCCGUCCCGCGCGUCAGCCUGCCCUACGACUCAGCUGAGCGGGUGGUGCAGCGGUUUGAGGCACCCGGCGUGUCCAACUACACGGCCCUGCUGCUGAGUCCGGAUGGCAAGACCCUCUAUCUGGGGGCACGGGAGCUGCUUCUCGCCCUUAACACCAGCCACUUCCAGCCCGGUGCCCCGGCUCGAAGGUUGCUAUGGAGUGCAGAUGAGGAGAAGAAGAGGCAGUGUGUGUUCAAGGGCAAGGACCCCCAGAGGGACUGUCACAACUACAUCAAGCUGCUACUGCAGCUGAACAGCACCCACCUGUACACCUGUGGGACCUGCGCCUUCAGCCCAGCCUGCGCCUACGUGAACAUGCAGCACUUCAGCCUGGAGCGGGAUGUGUCGGGGAAGGUGCUGCUAGAGGAUGGGAAGGGACGCUGCCCCUUCGACCCCGAGUACCGCUCCACGGCUGUCGUGGUCGAUGGAGAACUCUAUGCCGGGACCGUCAGCAACUUCCAGGGCAACGAGCCGACCAUCUCCCGCAGCCAGGAGAACCGCAUCGCCCUCAAGACUGAAAAUUCCCUCAACUGGCUGCAGGACCCAGUGUUCGUGGGCUCAGCCUACCUACGCGAGAGCCUCCCAGCCGGCAACCCCGAGGGCGACGAUGACAAGGUUUACUUCUUCUUCAGUGAGACUGGGAAGGAGUUUGACUACUUCGAGAACACCAUCGUCUCCCGCAUCGCGCGCGUGUGCAAGGGGGACCAGGGCGGGGAGCGCGUGCUGCAGCGGCGGUGGACGACCUUCCUGAAAGCUCAGCUGCUCUGCUCCCACCCCGAGGACGGGUUCCCCUUCAAUGUGCUGCAGGACAUCUUCGUGCUCACCCCGGGUGAGCUGCGCUGGAGGGACACGCUCUUCUACGGGGUCUUCACCUCACAGUGGAACAAGGGGGGGCUGGGCUCGGCCGUCUGCGCCUUCCCCAUGCGCAACGUGCAGCGUGCCUUCGGCGGGCUCUACAAGGAGGUGAACCGUGAGACGCAGCAGUGGUACACGGACACUGGCCCAGUGCCGGAGCCCCGGCCAGGCACAUGCAUCACAAGCCACACGCGGCACCUGAAGAUCAAUUCGUCGCUGCAGAUGCCGGACCGGGUGCUGAACUUCAUCAAGGACCACUUCCUGAUGGACAGCCCAGUGCGCAGCCAGCCGCUGCUGCUGCAGAGCCGCCGGCGCUACCAGCAGAUCGGCGUGCACCGCGCACGGGGCCUGCACGGCACCUACGACGUCCUCUUCCUGGGCAUGGAUGACGGGCGGCUGCACAAGGCUGUGCGAGUGAACCACAGCGUGCACAUCAUCGAGGAGAUCUGCCUCUUCCCUGAUGGGCAGCCCAUUCUCCAGCUGCUGCUGGACCAGGACCAGGGCCUUGUCUAUGCAGCCACCUACACAGCAGUGGCCCAAGUGCCCUUUGCCAACUGCAGCCUGUACCGUAGCUGUGGGGAGUGUGUGCUGGCACGGGAUCCCUUCUGUGCCUGGAGCCGUGGUGCCUGCCGCAGAGUCACCCUGCACCCCCCAGCACACCCACAGCUCUGGGCACAGGACAUCGAGGAUGCUGACACGGAGCGGCUCUGCCAGCUGGCCAAUGCCUCCCAGCCCCGUCCCCGCAUCCUCCUGCCCCCAGCCUCGGGUGACCCGUGCCAGCGGAUCCAGCUGCCACCCAACACUGUGCGGCCGCUGCCGUGCCAGCUGCUCUCCAACCUGGCCUCGCGGCGCUGGCUGCAUGACGGGGCACCUGUCAAUGCCUCCUACCUGGUGCUGCCCGACGGGGCCCUCAUCCUGGUGGGGAGCCCCGAGCGCGCGGGCACCUACGAGUGCUGGUCACUGGAGGAGGGAUUCCACAAGCUGAUGGCCAGCUACUGUGUGAGCGUGCAGGAGCCGGCCCGCGGGCCGCUGGGCCCCGGCAGGAAGGUGGCCUCUGGCCAUGACGCCCUGGAGACGGUCAGCACAUCCCGGAGCACCUCAGCAGUGGGCAGCGCCGCAGCACGGCUGGAUGGCAAGACCUACUGGACUGAGUUCCUGGUGAUGUGUGUGCUCUUCGCUGCCGCCGUCUUCGUGCUGGCCCUCUUUGUUCUGCACCGGCACCGCGAUGGCAUGAAGGCCUUGCUGGAGCCUGGAGACCCCAGCCGGCACCAGAAGCCACCCCGCAAGCCAGUGGAGAGCCUACCCCUGAAUGGCAGCAGCCUGCCUAGUGCAGCAUCUGAGCACAAGGGCUACCAGGCCCUGCAGGACAACUACAUCGUCAGCACCCCAGUGCAUGAGCCCUCGGGCACGCCACGCACCUUCUCUGAGUCAGAGAAGAGGCCCCUCCAUGUCCGGGACAGCUUUGUGGAGGUGUCUCCUGCCUGCCAAAGACCCCGGGUGCGCCUGGGCUCCGAGAUCCAGGACUCAGUGGUGUGACGGGGACGAGAGCCAAGCCCUCGCCCAUGACCACCUCUGCUGUGCUGAGCCUCACCGGACCGCGCCGCGGCCAGGGUCUGUGUUGUCUGUGUGUGCAUGCCUGGAGCGUGGUGCCCAUGGCCUGCGGCAGCACCCACCAGCUAGUGGGGUCUGAACUCCCGGGAGCUCCCUGGGCAUCACCUCGAUACUGGCAGCUGUGGGUGCGAGGGGUGCCACAUGCCUUCCAGGGACCUGUGGGACUGUGCCAGCCCAGCGUCCCCACCGUGGGAACAGACACGGUGCCUGGCUCAGGCUGCUGGUGCGGCCCCGGCUCCGCAGGGCCCAGACCUCCUCUAUGCAGAGGGCAGGAGGGGGCGGCCACAGCCCCCUCGCGUCCCGACUCACUGUGAUGUCCCGCUGUGGGACCCAGGGCCACGCUUGCGGCCAGGUGGUGCCGGCCCAGUGGCAUGUGCUGUGUGUCUGUGUUUGGUUCAUUUUUAAUACGUGGAAAAUGUGAAUCGUGUCUGUGGAAGGGGGCAGGGAGCAGCUCCCCCUGAAUUGGGUGGGCAGGGACACCCCUGUGGCCCCAUGUGCGUGUGCAGCAACGUCAGUGGUUUUUAUAUAAAGUCCAGGUGUCUCCUUUGGA